AUGCAGGCUUUACGAUCUCUAUCGAGCUCUGCACGUACAGCUGCUGGCCUUCAUAUACGUUAUGCACAGUUAAUUACCACCACAGCUCGCACUUUUGCCACAGACAAACGUUAUACACCCGUGAACGAGGUGCCCGCCAGUGUCUUGGAGAAUAUCGGGUCAGCCAAGAUCUUUUCACCGGGUUUCGCUGUACGCGGCGACCUUGCGCCUGUUAAGGGCACAAAACCCGCAUACUUGGAUGUACAAGCCACGUCUCCUAUGGAUCCGCGUGUAUUGGACGCCAUGAUGCCGUAUAUGACGUACGCUUAUGGUAAUCCACACUCGACAACGCAUGAGUUUGGCUGGGACGCCGACAAGGCUGUAGAGAAUGCUCGUGGAAGCGUUGCUGCCUUAAUUGGUGCAAAUUCAAAGGAGAUCAUCUUUACAUCGGGUGCUACGGAGAGUAAUAAUGCCAUUUUGAAAGGCAUUGCCCACUUUACCAAGGCUAAAAAGAAGCAUAUUAUCACGACACAGAUCGAGCACAAGUGUGUACUUGACUCAUGCCGUGUAUUGGAGACGGAAGGCUUUGAUGUGACAUAUCUGCCUGUGGAUACAAAUGGACUUGUGGAUCUAGAGAAACUGAAAGCUGCAAUUCGACCUGAUACAGCACUAGUGUCGGUCAUUGCAGUGCACAAUGAGAUUGGAGUAUUGCAACCAUUGAAAGAAAUUGGCCAAAUUUGUCGUGAACGGAAGGUCUUUUUCCACACUGAUGCAGCGCAGAUGCUGGGGAAGUUGCCAAUUGAUGUGGAUGAGAUGAAAAUUGAUGCCAUGUCCCUGUCGGGCCACAAGAUUUAUGGCCCCAAGGGUGUUGGUGCUAUGUAUGUGCGUCGUCGUCCGCGAGUUCGUCUCGAACCGAUCAUUUCAGGUGGUGGCCAAGAGCGUGGUCUGCGGAGUGGCACGCUUGCAGCGCCGCUAUGUGUUGGUUUCGGCAAGGCGUGCGAGGUGGCUGUGCAGGAAAUGGAGAACGACCACCGAUGGGUCACUCACUUGUCGGACAAGCUCUACCGUGGUAUCACAGACCGUAUCGAGCAUGUGGUGCUCAACGGUGACCUGGAAAAGCGUUACCCUGGCAAUCUCAAUUUGUCAUUUGCCUACGUGGAAGGCGAGAGUCUGCUUAUGGCACUCAAGAACAUUGCCGUGUCUUCGGGCAGUGCAUGCACGAGUGCAUCACUGGAACCGUCAUAUGUGCUUCGUGCCAUUGGUGUGGGUGAAGAUCUAGCACACACGUCCAUUCGUUUCGGCAUUGGCCGCUUCACGACGGAGGCAGAGAUCGACUAUGCUAUUGAUCUAUGCAUUAAGCACGUAACGCGUCUACGUGAGAUGAGUCCUUUGUGGGAAAUGGUGCAGGAUGGCAUUGAUCCUAACACGAUUCAGUGGAGCCAGGACGCCCAUUAA